AUGAAGAAAAUAAUUUGGUCCCCAGGUACCAGCCAGGAGAUUUGGAUACAAACCUCCCAAAAAAAAUGUAAAAGCAAUAGUGGAUACUGGACUGAAAAAAGCAGCUCCCCAAAUCCCCAAAGGAGAAGAGUCAGAGAAAGAAUAUGUUCUCGAUCCACAUCCUCCACACUCACUCUAGCACAGAAGUUGGGUUUGAUUGAGCCUCCUCCAUUGCCUCUAUCAACCGAAGAAUGGGCAAAAGUAAAAGAGAGGUCCAUAAAACAAGGGGAUUCUAUGCACCCGUGUUCGAUAUGUAGAGAAGAAUUUGAGCUUCAGUCACAAGUGCUGCUUUCAUGUUCCCAUGUAUUUCACAAAGCAUGUCUCCAGGCUUUUGAAAAGUUCACAGGUAAAAAAACUUGCCCUCUGUGUAGAAAGCAGCAGUAUCAGACAAGAGUGAUACAUGAUGGAGCUCGGCUUUUUAAAAUAAAAUGUGCAACAAGAAUACAGGCCUAUUGGAGAGGAUAUAUUGUUCGGAAGUGGUACAAAAAACUGAGGCAAACCAUACCUCCCAAAGAUGCGAAAUUAAGAAGAAAAUUCUAUGAAGAAAAGUUCACAGAAAUCAGCAACAGGAUAUUGUCUUCAUACGAUACAAACAUAGAAGAACUCUUUUCAGAAAUUGAUUACUGCAUAGCUGCAAACAGAAGUAUUCUGCAGCAGUUUGAAAAAAGGCGUUAUCAGCAAAUUACAGAAGAGGACUGGGAGAAAAUACAAAUGCAGGCAUUUCAUCAAGAGAUAUUUGACUGUUCCAUUUGUCUUACACCCCUCUCUCUGAGCAAUCAUCUUCAGUCUACACCCUCAGAACAAACUGAUAAUCAACAUUCCCGUGAGACUGUUCUCUUGUCUUGUUCACACAUGUUUCAUCACACUUGUCUUCUGGCUUUAGAGGAUUUCUCCUUGGGAGAAAUAAAUACUUGUCCCCUAUGCCGCUCCUAUUAUCAAAAGAGAAUUCUUGAAUGUUAAAUUUACAUUAAAUUAUAUGAUUCUACUGAAGAAAAGAAUGGGCAGAGACUGUACUGUACACUCUGUUUAUCACUGGUGAAAUAUGAGGCAGCAUUCAUUUCUUUUAGAAAUUCAAACCAGAUUUCAAAAAUGAUAGGAUAUGCUAACAAAUUUUAGUCUCUGUUUUCUUAAAAGUUAUGUUUCGGGGGCAGGUAGGUGGUGCAGUGGACAGAGCACCAGCCCUGGAUUCAGGAGGACCUGAGUCCAAAUCUGGCCUCAGACACUUGUGUGACCCUGGGCAAGUCACUUAACCCCAAUUGCCUCAAAAAUAAAAUAAAAUUUUUUAAAAAGUUAUGUUUCAAAUUUAAGAGUGGGUCACUUAGUACAGAAAAAAGAGUAGAGAAUGGAAAUUUCCAGCCAUUAAAUUGUCAGCAUCCUUUGAGAAAUUAGAUUUCAGAUAGCUUUUAUAGGGACGGCUAGGUGGCACAGUGGCUAGGGCACCAGGCCUGGAAUCAAGAAGAGCGGAGAUCAAAUCCCACUGCAGAUACUUAAUAGCUGUUUGACCCUGGGCAAGUCAUUUACCCAGUUACCCUCAGUUUACUCAUCUGUAAAAUGAGCUGGAGCAGGAAAUGGCAAACUACCCCAGUAUCUCUGCCAAAAUACCAAAUGGGGUCAUGAAGAGUUGCAUAUGACUGAAAUGACUCAACAACAACAAAACAACAAACUCUUUCCCUACAUAAUUUUGAUUGGCUCUAAAGAAAGAAGUAGGGGAAGAAAAGUGGUUUUUAAACCAAAUAGGACUCCCACAAGAUGUUUUACUUUUUUGGUAAGACGAAACCUAUGGGGGACCCUAGGAAUGGGCACCAUUUCCCAGGACCCUCAGACUAAAAGUCUGGACCCUGGAGAGAAUAUUUACAUUAGAACAGAAUCCUAGGGAUCCUGAAUGUCUUUACUUUAAUUGGGAGAGCUGGUUAGGUCCCUGUGACAACCUAGAAAGGAGAAUGGCAAACCUCUGACGCUUAGUUUUGUUGUGGCAACAUACACAGAAAAGAUAAACUCCUCCAGACCUGAGGAGGGAAGCUUUUCAAAUUUGUUAAGGGCUAAAAUUCUAGCUAAACUGUCUAAAAUAUCUAAUGAGUGGUCGCCAAUCAAUUAUAAGCUUUAGCAAGAGUUAG